CUGAGGCCCCGGCGGCAGGAGCGGGGCGGCUCGGGGCGCUGUCCGGCUGCAGGGCGGCCUCGGGCCGGGCCCCUCGCCCUGCUCGCACACGAGGCCGAGCCCGCAGCGCCGGCGGCCGCCGCUGCUCCGGCCGCUGCCUCCGCCCGCCAUUGGCCGUGCACAGCCCUCCCCCGCUCCCCUCCCCUCCCGGAGCGGCAGGCGCCGGGCAGCGGGGCUCGGGCGCUCCGCGGCGGCGGCGGGAGCCGCGGCGGGGCUGGGGCGCUCCCGGCCAGCGGCGCCGGGGCUGGGCCGGAGCGGGGCCGCCCCCGCCUGAGGGUGAGCCGCGCCCGCGCGCCGCAGCCCCCCCGCCCCGCGCCUGCAGCGGGGACAGGAGGCGGCGGCGGCGGCUGCCCCUCGCCCGCCGUGCCCCGGCCGGGGCCGCGCGGGAGGCUGCGGGCGCAGGGCGGCUCCUCCUCCAUGCGCCGCGGUGCCCGCAGCGCCCGGCUGCCCCGCGGAGCGCGGGGGCGGCGGGAGGCGGCGCGGGGCCGCGCGGAGGAUGCCGGCGGGCGGCGGGGCCCCCGGCGGGGCGCGCUCCCUCAGCCCCACCGCGCUGUCCCGCAGCCUGUCCCGCCUGCGCGAGCAGCGCGCCCGCUCGCGGGCCAUGCUGGCCCUGGGGGUCACGCAGAUGGUGCUCGGCUGCCUCAUCGUGGCCGUCAGCUUCGCCGCCCUGGCGCUCACCACCUCGGCCCGCGUCCGCCACUCCUGCCCCUUCUGGGCCGGCUUCUCGGUGCUGCUGUCAGGACUCAUUGGUGUUGUUUCAUGGAAGAGGCCCCUGUCCCUUGUGAUAACCUUUUUCAUGCUGCUGUCUGCAGUGUGUGUGAUGCUGAACUUGGCCGGGUCCAUCCUCUCCUGUCAGAAUGCUCAGCUGGUGAAGUCCCUGGAAGGAUGUCAGUUGAUUAAAUUCGACAGUGAUGGUGUCUGUGUUUGCUGUGAAAUGCAGCAUCAGACAUCAGGCUGCAGUAACCUGGGAGAAACACUGAAACUGAACCCUCUGCAGGAGUGCAAUGCAGUGAGGCUGACCCUCAAGGACCUGUUGUUCAGUGUGUGCGCUCUCAAUAUCAUCUCCACCAUUGUCUGUGCUUUGGCAACAGCAAUGUGUUGCAUGCAGAUGGUUUCUUCUGAUCUUCUGCAAAUGUUUCCCUCUUACAGCCUUUUUCACUUUAAUUUCUGUGCCUUCCAGCAGGAUGAUAUCACACAGUUUCUGCCACAGAGGCCACAUUCUGCCAAUCCUGACUGCAUGACUCCGCAUGGAACUGUCCUGCACCAAACCUUGGAUUUUGAUGAGUUCAUCCCACCAAUCCCCCCCCCUCCCUACUACCCGCCGGAAUACACCUGCACGCCCGUGGGGGAGGCACAGAGAAGUCUCCAUUUGGACUUCCCUCAUUCUCCAUUUGGUGCUUUAUAUGAAGUAACCAUUAAUAGCCCAGGAAUGCUGUAUCCAAGUGAGCUGCCCCCUCCUUAUGAGGCAGUGAUUGGGGAGAUGCCUGCCAGCCAGGUCACUGGUGCUGCUCAGCAAGUGUCUGAAUCGAGCCUGGGGGAGAGGAACACGACCCCGGACUUCAGCACACAAGUUUCUGUUGAGAGCACCUCUUUGAUGGUCUCUGAGGCUGUUGAUAUCCCAGACCGUAGCUACUCUUCUGAGGAUCUUUGUUCACUGGAAGUUCAAGGAUCUCUCCAAUCUGCAGAUCUUUCUCCCUACUGCAUAACCCCCAAGGGGGCUGCAGACCAGAGCUGCAGUGCCCUGGAUUGCCACACUCACUGCAGGUUUCACAGAACUCGCUCUGAGGGCUUUCCUGAUGAGGGGGACAGCUCCCACAGCCGAGCCUCUACAGACAGGUCUCAAGGACAGGAAAAGAACUGUGCCCACGGCAGGUCCUUGGACUGUUCCUCAGGGAAUUACAGCCCCUCAGAACGAGAACUGCAGAGCUCUGCUCAGGAGAGCAGUGCCACGCCGCCUUUGAAGCAGAAGAAAACCUGCUGUGUGGACUUUCACCAGCCUCCUGCCACUUUCCAGACCUCUCCCUGUUUUGGGCCUGCAAAUCCUUCACCACAUGCAAGUGGCCCCGAGGCUGCUGCCCAGCAGCAGCACCUGGCACAGCAGCCAGCCUCAAACAUCGUCCGCUCCAGCAGUGCCCCCGUGUCCUGCUCCUCUGCCCCUGAAGGUGAUAAUUGUGCCUGGACCUCUGUGUGCAGGCAGUGCCAAGAUGCAGGAUUAUCUCCAGCUACAGGAGAAACAGUUCCUGUCUCUGGUUCUCAUAUGGCUGCCUCUGCUUGCCAGCAUUCUUUGAGCAGUUUUCUACCAACUGGAAAACAGAGGGAUACAAGGAAAAUCGAUCUGCACCUAAAGCCAAAGGCUUUUCACACAGUCUCAAAAGAGCGGCCACACUCCUUAGUGGACCUUAAGGCCUAUAAAGACACAAAAAUUUUAGUGGCAAAAUUUUUGGAACAUUCAAACUGUAAUCUCCCUCCAGAAGUGCGUCACGUAGUGAACAGCAUACGGUCAGUCAUUAAAUCUGAUGAGAGACACAUGGAAGAAGCCAUCUUCAGUGCCAAUAUCAUAGACCAGGUGAUGACGAGUUCCCAGCGGAGCGCGGGCUGCGGGAAGCGGCUGCGGGAGGAUCUGCACCUGCGGAGCUGCGGCGCCCUGAGCUCCCCCGCGGCCGCGGCGCGCCGGGCCCCGCUCGGCCGCGCCUGGGAGCGGCCGCGGCCGCACAGCCUGAUCGGGGUCUGCCGGGAAACCAUCCUCUGACGGGCCACAGGUAUGUCACCGCAGCACGGAGCUGUGGAAGGAACCGGGACUGCGAGAAAUGCCGCUAGUGGAUGACUCUAAAAGGAAAAAGUGUCUUCCUUUGGAAUUCCACUUUUUCCCGCCCCCCACAGCAGGAUGAGAACAGCUGUUUUUCUGAAUGUAAAUUUCAGCCUUGAUUUUUGCAAACUUUUAAUUGAUUUAUUAGUGAAGUCAUAACAAGUGUUUUCCCAACCAGAAAUGCAUUUAUUUCACUGUACUUACAGAAAUGCUACUGAUGCUGCCCAGCAUUUCUUGAAAACCAUUGCAAACCCACCAGAGACUGGCUGUACAACUUAAAAGUUGUAUUUAUUUAAUGUACCUCAAAGUGUUUUAACUAUCGUCAGUGUUUUAAUAAAAAACUUAUUUCUGGA